AUCGAAUACCUACUACAGGAUAUCAUUCUGACAAAGGAAGAAACAUCCAAAAUCGAUGCAAGGAUUAGAACCAACUUCAGAAGGAGAACUAAGCUAGUAAUAACAUGUCCCAAUACGAUCCUAUACUUAACCUUCCUAUACAACAUAAUGGAACUAAACACGAAACAACAACAAAAAUUUGCCAGUAACUUCCAAGCUUUGUAUGAGGCAAAAAAUACAGCUGGCCUAGUUACUAGACUCAGAAUCCAAAAACUUCAAUACGAUGCAUGGCAGAAGACCAGAAUCACUAAAAAAUGUUCAAAGAUUAAUUCACUCCCACCUCCAGGCAAACACCUAGAAUUCCUCCUAGAAGAGACCUGGAUAAUUCCACCGAUGAACCUCAAGAAAUACAAGUUAUGCAGUCAAUAA